AUGGAGGUUGAAACUCCAGACUCAAUUUCAAGUUCUUCAUCCAAACAACGCAAAAAGCCACCAUCUCCUUCUAAAGCCUCAGGGCAACUUAAAACUUGGCGAAGAACAGGAAAUAAAGAAGGAAGGCUGCAAAGAGAAAUGCAAGCUACAACUCCUAUUGGGAAAUCAGUACUGGGAAAGAGAUCAAGAGCCACUCAAUUAGCUCUAACAUCAGUAGAAGAAGAAGCAGAACAUGAGCAAGCAGAUAACAGGAAAUUAAAAGCCAAUGAGCAUGCUAUCACAUUAGUAAGUUUAGCCAUAGACAUUCAGCAUUUUUCCCUCGAACACUUAGCAAACGCCCAAACUCCCUCCCUCAAGAGAGCAAAUCCAAGAGUUCUAGGACAAUCCCACACCCGAGUCACCUUCUUCAUUUCUUGCAUUUUCUUGUUCCUUGAGGAAGCGCUCAACGGGGCUCGACGGCUUCAGGCGCGGCUCGCCGAUGAUCGCGUGGUCUGCUCGGCGACGGAGAGAGCAAUCGCGAGGGACUGUGCGGCGUUCGGCUUACCGCUGAGGUGCUCCGAUGCGAAGGAGACGUUCGUCGGGCUGCUGUGCGUGUACAGGGAUCACCGGAGAAGCUUGCUGGUUGCGGUGGGAGGUCUCCGCGCGGAGGAGCGGCAGUGGUCGCUCGCCGGAGUUGCUGGCUCGGAGAGGAGAGGUCGUCGGGCCUUCUCACAGACAAUGACGACGUCUCAGUUUCAGCGGCAGAGGAGAGGGACUCGCAGGAGUAGAUCGCGAGGGCCUGACGGCGGAAAACUGCUCUUUCUCGGGUUGUGCAGCGGCGGCCGAAGGGAAGGAGGUGUGCGGCGAUCGGGAUGCUGA